AUGAAAUCUUCACGAGUUUUACUAGUGAUCCUGUGGCUUCAGUUACCCUGGACGAAGAGCCAGCAGAAGGGAGUGGAGCAGAGUCUUGCAUCUCUGCCUAUUCCAGAGGGAGCCAAUGCCUCUCUCAACUGCAACUAUAGUGACAGUGCAUCUCGGUACUUCACGUGGUACAGGCAGUAUCCUGGGAAAGGCCCUGAGUUGCUACUGUACAUGGCCUCUUAUGAGCCCAAAGAGGAUGGAAGAUUUACCAUGCAGGUCAAUAAAACCAGCAAGCAUGUCUCCCUGCUCAUCAGAGACUCCCAACCCAGUGACUCAGCCACCUACCUGUGUGCAGUGAGCACACAGUUUCCUAAAGCCCAAGAUUAUCUGCAGUAUCAGAUUUGGCCUCUAGAAGAAGAUGCUGCACAUCUUGAACUUGGUUUGAAACCAGAGAGCAACCAGCCCCUUGAGGAAGAGUUUUUACUCUGCAUGUCUUGUAAACACACUCACUUAUCUGGCAGGGUGUCCAUGUGGCUGAAUUGUUUCCAGGAAAAAUCUGCAGAAAGGAGCCUCCUAUUUCCUCACAGCUCAGACAUGAAGCCCACCCUCAUCUCAGUGCUGGUGAUGAUAUUUACACUCUGUGGAACAAGAGCCCAGACAGUGACUCAGCCCGAGGACCACAUCUCUGUCUUUGAAAGGUCUCCAGUGCAGGUGAAGUGCAACUACUCAUAUUCUGGGAGUCCUGUGCUCUUCUGGUAUGUCCAGUACCCCAAACAACACCUCCAGUUACUCCUGAAACACAUCUCAAGAGAGAGCAUCAGAGGUUUCACAGCUCACCUCGACAAGAAAGAGGCAUCCUUCCAUCUGAAGAAGCCAUCAGCUCAAGAGGAAGACUCAGCCGUCUAUUAUUGUGCUCUGAGUGACACAGUAACUGGUUUUACAAGGGAAGCAGAGCGCAAACCUCUCAAGAGUUACAGAAAAUGUUUCUAAGUACCUUGUUUGGCCACAGUGGGGCAUUUUCUUUCUUGAGACUGACGUAGAGUUUACCUCUCAGAUACACUGUCAUCAGUUCUCUAGUAGCUAUAAAUUAAGCUCAAAAAUUUGCUCAAGAACAUUCUCAUUACUUACUCAGCCUAAAUUAAAUUUUACAAUAGUUAAGUGUAUUUUUUCUAUACAUUUGUACCUGGAAAAAUACUUCUGAAAUAAAACUAUAUAACAACAGCAUAAAAUUGCU